AUGGCGCCGCAGCUCGGCGCGUCGGCCGCGAAGAAGCGGCGGGUCACUGAGGAAGCCGCGGCGGCGGCGGCCGAGGAGGGGGACCCCAUCCUGGCGCUGCCGGAGGACCUGCAGCUGCGCAUCCUGUCCCUGCUCCCGCUCAAGUCCGCCAUCCGCACGGGCGCGCUCUCCACGAGGUGGCGCGCGCUCUGGGCGCGCCGCUGGCCCGCGCCGUCCUCGCUCGACCUCCACCUCCGCUCCGGGGUCGACGACCCGGAUCGGCUCCUCGGCUUGCUCCACCGCCGCGGGCGCCGCCACCUCGACCGCUUCGUCCUCACCUUCCACUUCGGCGAGUACCGCCGCCGCCGCCUCCCCCACCGCUACUUCGGCGACGAGGACAUCCGCCGCUACCUCGACUACACCGCCGCCUGCGAUGCCAAGGACCUCCACCUCGACAUCGCCGACCACUUCAUGAGCACGGUCUCCAUGCUCCGUUUUCCGGCGGCCUGCCCCCGCCUCGCGCGCCUCUCCCUCCUCCGCGUCGGCAACGUCACCUUCGGCUACUCCCUCCGCUCCGACGCCUACGCCACCCUCGAGGUCGUCCAGAUCCACUCCGCCCACUCGGUGGACAUCAACCACCUUCUCCCAGCGUGCCCUCGCCUCCGCACCCUCGACCUGCGCGACUGCGAGUUCCUCGAUACCUCGGAUGAAAUCUACGCCACGUCGCCGCAGGGGCGCCUCAGGAGCCUCACCGUCGCCGAGUGCAACCGCGUCACCCAGCUCUACGCCGGCAUGGCCUCCGGCCUCCGCUCCUUCCGCCUCAGCAGUGCCCUUCUCCCCAUCUACGAGAUCGCGGCCACCGCGCAGCCUGACGACCAAGCGCUUCCGGGAAGCUCCUUACAUCUGCCUACGGGGGCCAUGCAUAAGCUAUCCUCUCAAGCACUGGAUCCAAGCGCUUCCCAACCUCGCCAACCUCAUGGUCCUCACCAUCUGCAGCAUUGCCCUCCGGAGGAUUUAUGCGUUGGCUCGUUUCGGAUCAGCUACUUGUUUGACCAGGCUGAGUUAAUUGCCGAGCUUAAAGGAGCUGCAGCUGCUGAUCUCCCAUCAAGCAGUGGUGAUACAUUUGUAGGGAAUUCCUUGGACGUGGCAGAGGAUGAUGAUUCAGAGGAAAGGCUUUCUGAGGAAGAUGUUACAGAGGAUGAUGAACCGGACAAAGAGGUUUCGGAGGAAGAAGAUACAGAGAGUGAUGAACCAGAGGAAGAGCUUUCGGAGGAAGAUGUGACGGAGGAUGAGUUAUUGCAGGAAAAACUGGUACAAGAAUAUAUGCUGAAGGAAAGACCCUUUUAUGAGGAUGUGUAUGAGGAAGAUAUUCUGGGAGAUGUGCCGGAGGAAGAGUAUUUUGAGGAAGACGCACCAGAGUAUGACUUAGGUAACCUUAUGUUUGUAAGGAUGAUGAAAUUCAAGGGCCACUACUUUGAGUUGCGUCUAAUAAUUCUGAGCAAAUGUGAUUCUGCUGGAAUCCAGCCAGUGCAUGCUGAGAUUUUUGCCAACUUUUAG